UCCUGGGUUAGGGUGCUCAGGCAGGAGCAGGAAGCCGAGGGCUUCGUGAGGUGCUCGUUUCCAGUUCCCGAGAUGAUGGCAGUGUAACUUACAAAACAUUUCCAUCGAAGAACCUGGUUUGAAAGCAGAAAUAUGUAGAGAAGUACUUGCUUCUGGAUGACAUUUGUGUUCUCAUGUGAACCUAUGAGAGGUCUAUGAACUUGACCACCUUUUCAGUGAUGAAACAACAUUGGGAAUUGUGGACAAAAUUGGAGAGCAAUUGAAUGAAGUUUAUGAAGCCUAUCGACAAGUGCCUCUGGAAACUGCUGUUCUGAAAGAAGGCUAGUACACAGCAGGGUAACAUCUUAGGCUGUGAAUGUAGUAGCAAUGGAACCUCUGCUGCAGGAAGGCUCGAACGUUUUUAAUGCUGCAGGACUUUCUGAUACUUCCAUAGAACUGGAAAAUUCAGUGAAUUCCUGUAAGUUUCCUUCCUGGGACUUCACAAGUUUUCUUGCUUGUUUUUAGCACUACUCUAACUGCAACAUUAGACAGAAAACUACAUGCAGCAAAUACGUGAACAGCAGGAAAAGAUAGAGCUUCAAAACAACAUUAUUGCAAAACUGAAAUCGCAGUUAGCUGCUCUGAAUGCUAAUAGAGGUAAUGUACACCCCUACAUUCCAAUGCAUGAAGACGUUGAAACCUCCAACUUGUCUUUAAGGCAGCUCUCCGAAAAGCUGAACGCAGCAAAGCAAAGAGAAAAACUCUUGAAGGAACAGUUAGAAAUUGAGAGCAUGAAAUUGAAGGAACUUGAAGACAAAAACAAUCAAAAGGAAAGGAAGCUGAUAUCUAUUAUUUCCAACCAAGAAGAUACAAUAAGAAGUCUGAAAAGCAAAUUGAAAGAAUUAAGUGAAGCACAAAAGGAUAUACAAGUGCCAGCAGAUAAAAGGGAGGUGAAAAGUAAGAAAGUUGUUCCAGAUAAGCCUGAAUUAUCUCUAGGGAUCUCUGGUGUUUCACCUGUGACUGAAAGGGAGAAUCUGGAGACUAUUUUCCAGGACAUGAAAGAAGAGUGGCAUCGAAUAUGUAGGCUAGCCAGAGAACAAACAGACCAACUGAGUAAAUUUAAGAUAAAGCCAGAACCUGAAACUGAAAUACAGUUUUCCAUGCCGAUACAGUGUACUGAUAAAACUGAUGAACAAGCAGAAGAGCUUUUUAAGCCUCGGGUUAUAAAGGAUAUAAAUAGAGGUGCAUCAUGCAUCACAUCUAUCACACCAAGAGGAGUGGGCCAAGAUGAGGACAACUCCUCUAUAGAAUCACUUUCUAAAUUUAAUGUCAAGCUUCCACCUACAGACAAUGACUCUGCUUUCUUGCAGAGCACUCAGGAAAAACCAGCAAUUCCUUGUACUGGUAUAGCUGAAAACAUGCUUCAAGAUCAUCAUUUUAACCUGGAGCUUAGAGACCGUGCUGUUAACCUCAGUAAAUUGGAACCUAACUCAUUUGAAGCUCAUGGAGUUGAUCUCAUGACCUCAGCUUUACAAAGUUUAACUACUGUUGACAAAACAAAUCGCCCAGAUUAUGCAAACAUGUCCAUAGAAAAUACCCAUGACAAAACAUGUUUAAAAACAGCAGACAUUGAUUUCACAUUUGUACCUAAGCACACAAACCAGGGUGUACCUGAAGUAAUUUUUCCAUCUUUGGAAGCUGCUGGGACAGUCGUCAGAGGUCCUCAUCAGCUCAUUUGGCAGCCUGAAGACAAUGAUUUGCUGGCACAAGCUUAUACAGACUCUGAACUGAAUCAGUGUGGAAUAUGCGAAUUCUGUCGAGAAGUUUUCCCACCAUCUAUGACAUCUAAGGAAGAUUUUCUUCGGCAUCUGAAUUCCCACUUUAAAGUACAGUCUUAAUGUAUGAGAAUUCAAUGGUUCACUGUUUUGCAUAUAUUUUGAUUUUUUUUUUAUUUGAUAGAUACGCUAAGAAUUGAAAAAUUAAGACUUCUUGUAACAAGAACUCAUGACUGAAACGCUGUGUCAGAUAAGCAAGUUUUUAAUUGUCCUUUGACAAGGUAACAUGAAACUGUCAGUCACUUCGAUACUGUAAUUCACAUUAUUGCUUGUUAUGCUUCAGUAUUGCCUGCAAGAGUGAUGUUAAACACCUUUUUCUUUUUUUUCCUUCCUUUUUCCUUUUUUUUUUUCCUUUUAAUUUAUGAGUGUAGACUUGCGGAAUUAAUGCCUUAAUCUGGCUGUGGGAACUGGUGUAAUGCUAAGAUGUUUUUUCUCGCUAUCCAGUGAUGUGAUUUUGUUCUCCUUGAACAGGAAGAGAAGUAGACUCUCAUUUUUCAUUUCUCUUACAAAAAUUCCAAAUUUAACUUACAGUAGUGAACCUCUUAAUUGAGAUUCUUGUAAAAUCAUCUCAGUAACUGAAUGCCAGGUAUGUCAAAAUUAGAGUAGGCUUGUUCAUUAGUAACUAAAAGAAUGGUUGACUCUCCCUAGAGAGAGUAAUCAAACACAGCACAUAAAGUACCCAUUUGCCAAAAUGUAUCAGUAGCAAUUUUAUGGGUAUCUGUUACAUGUUAUAAAAAAAUAUGUUAUUUACCUUUAUAGCAUUAAUAAUUUGUGAAAAUACUCCCAUGGAAAAAGUUGUAUUACUGUUAGGGAUAAAGUGAGAAAGGAUUAAACAUUCCUUAAAACUAAGACUACUAAAGAUUAUUUACCUUUCCUUCUGGUCUGAUAUGAAGGAUUGCUUAAGUCUGUUACAGCCUAGAUAGAAAAACCUAAUCACCAAAAUCUCAGUGACUUAAUUUUUAACUAGAAUAAGCUUAGUGGCCUUCUCAAUGCAAUUUAAAUUUGUGUUUAAUUGAAACACUGUAUUCUGAUAAAGUUUGCACAUUUUCUGGAUUUAUUAGGAUCAAAUUAAAAAGGGGUACUAAGUAAUUUCAUUUAAUCAUAGCAACUAGAAGCUUUUUGCAUUUGAGCUGCAUAUAGGUUUUAGUCCUGAUAUUUGAUAAUUAGCAUUAAUAUUUUCAUAGCAACAAAGCACAACAGUUUCUCUUUUUAAAGAUUUGUUUGCAGGUAACACUUUCUGUGAAGAAUUAACACCUGCACAUUUUUAGAAAUUGAUUUUUCUAAAAUUAUUUCCUCUAUUUUAAACAUCUCAUGCUUGUGACUGGCUGUCAGCAGAGUGUACUGUAAUAAACAGCAGUGCGCAGCGCUUGUCUGCACCGUGACCUGGAGAAAGAGUUUGUUACUAUUAACAGCUCUAAACCCCGGCGGUAUCCAGCGCAGAGGAGGAUACGUUCAUCCCCGGGAUCGCCGUGCAGCGUGUGAAGUACCUCCCAGGCGAGCUCGGCUGGGGGUGGUUCCUGGGAGACACAGAAGUUCCAGGAUUGGGAGGAGAGAUGGGGAUUCGCACAUCUCCAGCCAGCCCGACGCAAGGCCGACUUGUCCUCUCAACCGUGAAAUUCGAGCUCAGGAGCUUACGUUAUUACGAACUGAACAAACUGCGAGUCACCUUUAAAGAAAAUAAAGUCAUCUCUGUGUG